AUGUCGCCGUCUUUCCAGCUGUUCGCUCGUGAUGGUUCGAAUUCAAGCACGCUGUCCCCCACGAUGAUAGCUGGGAUUGUAGUAGCCGCCGUACUUGUCGCUGGAUGCGCCAUUUGGCUGAGUAUCUACACCUACCGCAGAAGGUCUGCGGCAAAGCGGGAGGAUGCUAUUGGGGCAUCCUUCCUUGCUGUUAGAGGGUUGGUAAGAGAGGAUGAGGAGAAGGGAGUUUUUCCAGAUCUCGAAAUUCAAGGAGCCACGUUCUCCAGGAAUCGGCUGACCCCUAGCAUUGUCAUGCCAGAGAAAGUGGUUCUCCGUGCGGGUGCAAGCCGUGAUGAGAUCAUUCGCCAUCACGCUACCGAGGGGACGCUUCCGCGUCCGUUCGCUCCUUUCGCCGCUGGUGCAGACGGUGGUCGUAAUUCAAUGCGCCCAGCUUCAACUGCCUCUUUCCUCACCAUCGAUUCAAGUUCGUACCGUACCAGUAUCAUGUCCUCUCGCCCUACCUCCGUCGCCUCCUUCGCCUCAUCUGACGCCACUCACAAACGCAAAGUCCGACAGCUUUUCAAUCCUGCACUUCCAGAUGAACUCGUCGUCUCGCUGGGCGAGCGCCUGUCGGUUAUUCAGAGCUACGAUGAUGGAUGGUGCAUCGUGGGGAGGGACAGCCUGAUGAAGAAGGGUGAAGCGGAGCUUGGGGCAGUACCAGCCUGGUGCUUCCUGAAGCCCGUCAAGGGCCUGCGGGCUGAGCGCCCGAUACGGACGAGCAGUUUGGGCGUCACCGUAGUCAUGGAGGGACCCGGUUCCAGAGAGGACGUCAUCUCGUGGUCCAACUUCUCAUAA